AUGAUAAGCACACCCAUGUGUUCACGACUUAGUGACUAUGAAGCAUCCAUCAAUUUUAAUGUAAUCAACUCAAUAACAAACAAGUUACAAAGUCACAGUGUAAACAUCAAUCAAUUAAACAUUCCCGACACAAUAUUAAACUGUUUAGCUGAUCCUGGAUUCCAUGAACCAGGCAAUAUUGAUGUACUAAUUGGUGCUGAAAUAUUUUAUGAACUGUUAAUCGGCGAAAGCAAGAAAACACCAGAGGGUACUAUUUUACAUAACACCUGUUUAGGAUGGGUGCUAACUGGUUCAAUGCCCAUCGCAAACUAUCAUAUGAGCAUGUCAAGUCUAUUAAUACAAUUUCAAUCAAUGUCGUCUCUGGCUCUUACAGACCGCCCCACUUGUAGUGUCAAAGAAGACCAGUCAGUAGCUGAAGCACAUUUUACCAGUACAGUAACCCAGGAUCAUUCUGACCGAUUUGUGGUACGAUUGCCAUUUCUGCGUGAUCCUGAGGUGCUAGGCGAUUCAAGACUUAUGGCGCAGCAGCGUUUCUUCAACCUUGAGCGAAAGAUGAAUCGAGAUCGUAUGCUGGCUCAAGAAUAUAAAAAAAUCAUGU